AUGGAAAGCUCGGAGGGAAGUUUUUCGGCAGCAGAUGCAGACAGAGAGUUGAAUCCUGGGCGGAACAAGAAUUUUGAGGUCGAUCCCAUAUCAUCAAAGGUGGCUACGUCGUUGGAGAUUAAGGAAAAAGCUGAAGCAACAAAAAAACAUAAAGAGAUGGAAAGGAAGGAUGCAUUGCAAUCACUCAAGUCUGCCAUCAUUGUUUCAGGAAUCAUAGUGGCUGUGGCUGGAGCUGUCUUUGCCAUAUCCAAGAAACUAAAAGAGAAAUGA